AAUCACCAACUGUGCAUUAUAAUUGUAAUAUAUUAUAAUAAUAUUUUUGAAAACUCGGAUUUAUUGCUGAAAAAGUGAAUUAAAUUAUAUUAAAGCUAAUGGAAACAGGAAUGGCCUUGAGUGAAGUUUGUAGAAUUUGCUUAUGCGUUAAUGUACGCAUGUUGGUACUAAAGAAGACUAGUCUCCGAAAUUUGUACAAAACAUUGACGAACAGUUUUGUAAGUUUGUUAACAUUUCCUCAUAUUGCAAAUUGAAGUUGCGGUAAUUUGUUGCUACUGCCGAUGAAAUACUUUAUUACUUGCCAUAUAAAAAUGUGAUAGAUGGGGCUAGGCUAAGACAAAUGCAACCAGAACCUGAAAAACACCAAUUAGCCUGAAAUCCUACUACGUGCUAGAAGAGGCACCGAGACUUAAUUGUUUGCAACACGCGUUAGCGCCUGCGAGAUAAAAAUUACUUAGUCUGUGCCAUAAAAAGGUACCUUGUGCCUUCCUUCCACGCGACCCGCACUGCUACAUAGUUUUUUCCCGGUCUAUGUUCUAGUACAUAUUACUGAGUUUUAUUGCGAUUUUCUGUCAAGAUAUCCAAAUCCACCCUGGUUUGGUCUUUUAAUACUGGCAAGCAAAUUGUUGAGUGGCCCCCCACUGGAUAGUGGUAAUCUGGCAACACGAAGUCCAUGGAUGUAGGUGGCUUAAGACUGUGUUGUUGCAGUGAUGAUGAUUCACUAGGUGGUACAAUUUUUUUUCUUCCUAGGAGUCUGUCUGGUUAAACUAUAGACAUCCGGUACUCACCUACGAGGUUGGUAGGGGGAGGGGGGGUCAGGGGAAGCCCCCCUACCCUUCCCCGCUUGUGGAAAUGUAUAGUUUAUGAGUAAUAAUUUCUGUGUUCUGCCAAACAAUCAUAUGCCCGCCAACAAUCAGUAUGAAUUGUGGUACCCGCCGCCACAUGUCUCUGUAUAAGCGGCACCAGUACCUCAGCAGACCUAAUAUUGUCCGGGUACACCUCUAAUCUGAGAUCCUCAGACCCAUCUUCUAUCAUACCGAGCACCCAGUGGCCUUCGAUGUGACGUCCUAUAACAAAUAAAAUUAAUAUUAGACAUUUAGUAUGACAAAAAAAGGUGUAAACAUAAUCAUACUUAUAUUUACCUUUAUUGUAUUUUCGUUUUCCAAAUUUGCUCUUAUCAAUUUGUACAAUUUUACCAGGGCCACCAAUCUUUCCAGUAAACUGAUUCUGUUUCUCGAGGUAGUAAAUAACAACUACCUCUCUGCAGUAAUUGUACCAAUCACAUAUUGUAUUUGGGCUUAAACAUUGUUGUCUCUGUCGUUUAUAUGGGUCUUCAUGGAUUGUUUGAUUAUAAGACCAUCCUUGUGAAUAUGCAUAUAUGAGGUAAUAUAUGUGGGGCAUAUCAAGAGUUACAUUUUCAAAAAAAGUCCCUUGUCGUCGUGAGAUUUUAACUCCACUGCCUCCAGCUUUCCCCUUACAGGAUGCUUUAGCACAUAUGAAAGUACCAAGCGAUUUGCAGCCACUUGAGUAUGAAAUUUUCAUAUUAGUUUUAUGUUUGCCGCACUUUCGUUCCUUUAGGACCAGCCCUUCAUCCUCACUAUAUCGAACACAUUGCUCGUUCGUUCCAAGUUCACGCACAAUAUCCGACAGAUUCCACAUGAACAUAAUCUCAGACACGUAUAGUCGACGCUUCACAUAGUCGCCGUAGUCAGAGAAGUCUUCGUCGAUGUGUGAUGGUUCCUCGAGUAAAGCGUCAGAUGCCGAAGAAGGCCCCGCUACGGGUUCGUAAUCGCUCAUUCUCAGGUCCGAUGGAUGAGGAUGAGGAGCCCAUAAUUGUCUGUUUCACCUGUCAUGCAAGACUCAUUCGUUGCAGAACAUUACAACAGCAGGCUGUUGAGUCAAAAGCAGUUCUGGAGCAGUUGCUUGCAGGAGGGUCUAUGUCAAUACCAAAACCGCAUGCGGCUAGAGAUAAGAUUCAAUUCACACCAAUUAGUCAUAUAGAUAUCAGGCCAGUAGAAUGUGAUAUAGAAAAUGAUUGUAGGGACGAUAUGUUUAGCCUAGAAUCUGUUAAAGUUGAGGAAGAGAAUUUCGAAAAUGAGAAUUUCAAUUUUGAAGAAAAUGGGAAUCAUGAAACAGAGAGUGCUGAAAAACAAGAAGACUUGGAGAUUGAUGCUUUUGAAGAUAGACAUACGGAUUCGGAGAACGGCUUGCCUCUAAUUGCAGUUGGUUCAAAGAGUAAAAAAGAUGAUGAUGACAUAGAGAGUGCUGAAAAACAAGAAGAUUUGGAGAUUGAUGCUUUUGAAGAUAGACAUACGGAUUUGGAUGACGACUUGCCGCUAAUUGCAUUUGGUUCAAAGAGUAAAAAAGAUGACGAUGACAUAGAAACUUCUGAGAAGAAGAUUAAAUCAAAUUCUACUGAUUGUAACAUAAGCGAUGCUCGUGAAGAAGACCUAGAUUUUGAAGGUACUACUAUUAAAUCAAACCCUAAAGUGAAAAAAGAUAAUCAACCAAUUAAUAAAAAAGGAAAGCAUCCUGCAAAGAUUAUGAAAACGAAAAUUUUGAAACAAAAGAGUGUAAAUAUGCUUAAGAAAAAAACAUCUGGGACAUCAACUGAAUACAUUUUUGAAUGUGAUGGUUGUAGUAAAAAAAAUUCAACAAAAGACAUUCUCGCCAAACACAUUUCAUACAGUCAUAAGACGCAAAAGAACUCAGACACCACUGCAGUUCGGACACAAGUAGAACAAACUCCAGUACCACAACAAAUAGAAAUAUUUAAUUGUGAUAUUUGCGAAUUUAAAACAUCUCAAAAACGUUGCAUUUUGUCACAUCUUAAAGCGCACGUCGCUAAACAAAUGUACUGUUGUAAUAAUUGUGAUUAUAAAUGUAUUAGUAAAAGUAAUUUGAAAACCCAUAUGAAAAUACACACCGGUGAAAAACCUUUUUCGUGUAAUAUCUGUGAAUAUAGAUUUACUAGAAAAUGUGAUAUGGAAACACAUAUGAAAAUACACACCGGUGAAAAACCUUUUUCGUGUAAUAUCUGUGAAUAUAGAUGUAUUAGAAAAAGUUAUUUGCAAAUACAUUUAAAAACACACACCGGUGAAAAACCUUUUUCGUGUAAUAUCUGUGAAUAUAGAUGUAUUACAAAAAGUUGUUUGCAAAUACAUAUGAAAACACACACCGAUGAAAAACCUUUUUCGUGUAAUAUCUGUGAAUAUAGAUGUAUUACAAAAAGUUGUUUGCAAAUACAUAUGAAAACACACACCGGUGAGAAACCUUUUUCGUGUAAUAUCUGUGAAUAUAGAUGUAUUUUAAAAAGUCAUUUGCAAACCCAUAUGAAAAUACACACUGGUGAAAAACCUUUUUCGUGUAAUAUCUGUGAAUAUAGAUGUACCACAAAAAGUUAUUUGCAAAUACAUUUAAAAACACACACCGGUGAAAAACCUUUUUCGUGUAAUAUCUGUGAAUAUAGAUGUAUUACAAAAAGUUGUUUGCAAAUACAUAUGAAAACACACACCGGUGAAAAACCUGUUUCGUGUAAUAUCUGUGAAUAUAGAUGUAUUACAAAAAGUAGUUUGCAAAUACAUAUGAAAACACACACCGGUGAAAAACCUUUUUCGUGUAAUAUCUGUGAAUAUAGAUGUAUUGCAAAGAGUAGUUUGAAAACCCAUAUGAAAAUACACACUGGUGAAAAACCUUUUUCGUGUAAUAUGUGUGAACAUAGAUUUAUUAGAAAAUAUGAUUUGCAAAUACAUUUAAAAACACACACCGGUGGAAAACCUUUUUCGUGUAAUAUCUGUGAAUAUAGAUGUACCACAAAAAGUAAUUUCCAAAGACAUAUGAAAAUACACACUGGUGAAAAACCUUUUUCGUGUAAUAUCUGUGAAUAUAGUUUUAUUACAAAAAGUCGUUUGCAAUCACAUAUUAUGAAAAUACAUACUGGAGAAAGAACUUUUUCGUGUAAUAUCUGUGAAUAUAGAUGUACUACAAAAAGGAAUUUGCAAACCCAUAUGAAAAUACACACUGGUGAAAAACCUUUUUCGUGUAAUAUGUGUGAACAUAGAUUUAUUAGAAAAUAUGAUUUGCAAAGCCAUAUGAAAAUACACACCGGUGAAAAACCUUUUGCGUGUAAUAUCUGUGAACAUAGAUUUAUUAGAAAAGAUAAUUUGCAAAGACAUUUAAAAACACACACUGACACAAAACCUUUUUCGUGAGCUAUCUGGUGAAAUAUGUACAAUAUUGUGUAAACUUGUUUUAUAUACAUAUGUGUGUACUAAAUAAAAAUCUAUUUUUUG